CCUGAACUGAUUCACAGGCAGCUCUGGGUAACACUGUGCUCCCCCUCCCCCCACCCUGUAUCCAGACAGCUGCCAGGUGGGGAGGAAGUAAGGAAGCUGUGGGGAUUGGCUGGCUUAGCCCGGCCCCUGGCAGCUUCCUCUAGAUCUGGGGUCAGACCCAGCCAUCCCAGGAGGAGAGCAGAAGAAGUUGUGUGGGACAAGCCAGCCCACACAGAAGGAUUCACCCUCCACCCCAUCUGAUCACAGGAUGCUGGAGCUGAGCCUGUCCUGGCUGGGACUCGGGCCGGUGGCAGCCUCCCCGUGACUGCUGCUGCUGCUGGUCAGGGCCUCCUGGAUCCUGGCCCACGUCCUGGCCUGGACCUUCACCUCCUACAACAACUCUUGCCGCCUCCGAUGUUUCCCACAGCCCCCAAAAUGUAACUGGUUCUUUGGUCACCUGAGUUUGGUUCCCCCCACGGAGCAGGGCUUGAGCAAAGUAACUCAGCUGGUGACCAACUACCCCCAGGGUUACUUGAUGUGGAUGGGCCCCAUCAUCCCCCUGGUCGUUUUCUGCCACCCUGACUGCAUCCGGACUUUCGCCAGUGCCUCAGAUUCAGAGCUCAGAGGAAGGUCUCCUGUACACACAGGGCCUGGCCAGCACCUAUGGGGAUGCAUGCUGCUGGUGGAUGGGGCCCUGGCACCCAAUCAUCUGCAUCUUCCACCGCACCUGCAUCAAGCCUGUGCUCUUUGCUCCAGCUGCCGCCGCACCCAAGGAUGUGGUCUUCUACGACUUUCUGAAGCCCUGGCUGGGGGAUGGGCUCCUCCUGAGUGCUGGUGACAAGUGGAACAGGCACCAUCACAUGCUGACUCCCGCCUUCCACUUCAACAUCCUGAAGCCCUAUAUGAAGAUUUUCACCAAGAGCACAGACAUCAUGCAUGCCAAGUGGCAGCAUCUGAUCAAAGAGGGCCACACCCAUCUGGACAUCUUUGAACACAUCAGCCUCAUGACCCUGGACAGUCUACAGAAAUGCGUCUUCAGUUACGACAGCAAUUGCCAAGAGAAGCCCAGUGACUAUAUCGCGGCCAUCUUGGAGCUCAGCGCGCUUGUGGCAAAACGAUAUCAGCAGCUCUUCCUGCACAUGGACUUCCUGUAUUACCUCAUCCCUGAUGGGCGGCUCUUCCGCAGGGCCUGCCGCCUGGUGCACGACUUCACAGAUGCCGUCAUCCAGGAGCAGCGCCACACCCUCCCCAAGGAAGGUAUUGAGGACUUCCUCAAGGAAAAGGAGAAGGCCAAGACUUUGGACUUUAUUGAUGUACUCCUGCUGACCAAGGUGUGAAUGGGGUAUUAAAGUCUCCCACGAGAGCUGAGAAACCUUUGGAGUUCUAUGCCAAGCGGCCCUGGGGCCCGGAGAACGGGCUAGAAGAUCCGGACGAAGACGAAGAGGAUGAUAACGAUGAAACCGAGGAUGCAUUCUCCCUUCAGGAAGUGUUGCGGCUCGGAGGCACCAAGCAAGAUUAUCUUAUGUUGGCUGCUUUGGAUGAGAAUGAGGAAGUUGUGGAUGGAGGCAAAAAAGGAGCAAUUGAUGAUCUUCAGCAAAGUGAAUUGGAAGCAUUUAUUCAGAAUCUUAGUUUGGCCAAGUAUGCAAAAGCUUUCCUAAUUGAAGAAGAUCAACCAGCUAAAAAAGAAGAGUCCAGCAAGAAGGAAGCAAGAGUUUCUAAAGUAGAUAGUAAAAAGCAAAAGACAGCAGAAAGUGAAAGUAAGGUGAAAAAUAAGAAGAGGCCAGAACAGCACUCUGAUGAGAACAACAGUGCCAUAACAAAAACAAAGAAAGAUAAGCAACAGGACAUCUUUGAAUUUUUUGAGAGACAGACAUUGUUACUUAAGUCUGGCGGCAAAUGGUAUGAUCUGGAGUAUAGCGAUGAAUAUUGUUUGGAACCCCAGCCUAGGGAUGUUGUGUCUAAGUGCAAAGCCUUGGCUCAGAAGCUGUAUGAACAUGAAAUCAAUUUAUUCAAAAAUAAGAUGAAUAACCAAAAGGGAGCCUCUUCUACCUGGAUGAAGGUGACUGUAUCAUCAGGGACUCUAGGUGACAGGAUGGCAGCCAUGAUUCUUCUUAUUCAGGAUGAUGCUAUUCACACACUCCAGUUUGUGGAAACUCUCGUGAACCUUGUUAAAAAGAAGGGCAGCAAACAGCAGUGCCUCAUGGCUUUGGAUACUUUCAAAGAGUUACUUAUUACAGACCUUUUGCCAGAUAAUCGAAAGCUACGGGUUUUCAGCCAGCAUCCUUUCGACAAACUAGAGCAGUUGUCCAGUGGCAACAGGGACUCCAGAGACAGAAGACUCAUAGUAUGGUAUUUUGAACACCAGCUGAAGCACUUAGUGGCUGAAUUUGUGCAAGUCUUAGAAACUUUAAGUCAUGAUUCAUUAGUAACCACCAAAACUCGAGCUCUCAUGGUGGCUCACGAGCUUCUUUGUAACAAACCUGAGGAAGAAAAGGCCUUUCUUGUGCAGGUGGUAAAUAAACUGGGAGAUCCUCAGAACAGAAUAGCCACCAAAGCCUCCCAUCUGUUGGAGACACUGCUUUGUAAACAUCCCAACAUGAAAGGAGCUGUGUGUGGUGAAGUAGAGAGACUGCUGUUCCGCUCAAAUAUCAGCGCCAAAGCCCAGUAUUAUGCAAUUUGCUUUUUAAAUCAAAUGGUCCUCUCUCAUGAAGAAAGUGAACUAGCUAACAAAUUAAUAACACUUUAUUUUUGUUUUUUUCAGACUUGCAUCAAGAAAAAAGAUAUUGAAUCAAAAAUGCUCAGUGCCCUUUUAACAGGAGUGAAUAGGGCAUACCCCUAUGCCCAGACUGGUGAUGACAAACGGAAUGAAGAUGAAGAAAGUAUAGAAGAUGUGGACGAUGAGGAAUUUGAAAAGAUGAUUGACACAUUUGAAGAUGAUAAUUGCUUCACCUCUGGAACGGAUGACCUUGAUUUCACUAGCAACAUGAAGAAGAAAGCAAAAGGAGCUAAGGAUGACUCAGAAGAUGAAGAUUCAGAAGAUGACGACCUUGAUAAUUUGGAUGAUGAUGAAGUUUCGUUAGGAAGUAUGAAUGAAGAAUUCGCCGAAAUUGAAGAAGAUGGAGGAACAUUCAUGGAUGUGUUAGAUGAUGAGAAUGAGGGCAUUCCAGAACUUGAUGAUGAAGAUGAAGAUGGGAAGGGAUUAUCAGAUGAAGACAUCCGAGCUGAAGCUGACACCUUCAUGUUUGAAGGCCAUGACACCACAGCCAGUGGCCUCUCCUGGGUCCUGUACAACCUUGCAAAACACCCAGAAUAUCAGGAGCGCUGCCGGCAGGAGGUGGACGACCUGGCUCAGUUGCCCUUCCUGACCAUGUGCAUCAAGGAUAGUCUGCGGUUGCACCCCCCAGUCACCGUCAUCUCUCGCUGCUGUACCCAGGACAUCAUGCUUCCACACAGCCGGGUCAUCCCCAAAGGUGUUAUCUGCCUCAUCAGUAUUUUCGGGACCCACCACAACCCAUCUGUGUGGCCAGACCCUGAGGUCUAUGACCCCUUCCGCUUCGAGCCAGAAAACAUCAAGGGGAGGUCACCUCUGGCUUUUAUCCCCUUCUCAGCGGGUCCCAGGAACUGCAUCGGGCAGACAUUCGCCAUGACAGAGAUGAAUGUGGUCCUGGCGCUCACGCUACUGCGCUUCCGCGUCCUGCCAGAUGAGGAGGAGCCUCGCCGGAAGCCAGAGCUGAUCCUGCGCGCGGAGGGCGGACUUUGGCUGCGGGUGGAGCAGCUGAGUGCCGAGCACCAAUGA